CUUUCAUCAUCGCCUAUAUUUAUUGCAUUUCUCUCACAGUGUUUUUAAUUGAAGAAGUUUCUAUUUUAUAACAAGCAAAAUUGCUUCGCCGAUUAGAAAAUUUUGGGGUGGCUGCAUCAAUUUUCUGGGAGUCUUUCAUAAGCAGUUUCAAAGGCAAAUAAUGGACGCUGAACCUUUGGAUCCCAUGGAUAUUUUGGCUUAUACCACCGAAGAGUUGCAAGGGCGUUUUCGUCGUGCCAAAGAUGGCAUAGAGAAAGCUAAAGUUAUUUCUGAUUUCCUCUGUCGUUGGGAUGCAGAUGCAACACUUGCACCAGUGAAAAAUAUGAAAAUCGAAUUUCAAGAAGAUCUUGAUUGGUUCAAUGUUACCCGACCGUUGCCGUUAAAAUCUCUGCGUGGCAAGCUUGUUGUUUUAGACUUCUUCACUUACUGCUGUAUCAACUGCAUGCACAUUUUACCGGAUCUUCAUGCGCUCGAAGAACUUUACCCGCCGGAAAGUGGGCUCGUUGUUGUUGGUGUACACAGUCCGAAAUUCGAAAACGAAAAAGAUGGUGCAAAUAUAUUAUCUGCAGUACAACGUUAUGGCAUAACUCACCCUAUAGUAAAUGAUGCGCAUAUGACCCUAUGGCGUUCCGUAGGCAUUCGUUGUUGGCCAUCGUUGCUGGUGUUAAGCCCUUCAGGAGCGCCCAUGUUAUUGUUAAUGGGUGAAGGUCAUGCCGCUUUCCUACAACUUUUUACUGAACAGGCCUUACGUCACUACAAAGCAAAAGGAGAAAUAGAUACCAACUCCCUGCCACUUAAAAUAUCUAUUGACGCAUUGCCGGCAUCAAAUAUACGUUUCCCAGCGAAAAUAGCGCGCAGCGAGAAUGGAUAUUUUGCUUUGGCAGAUGCAGGAAAUCAUCGUGUAUUAAUUUUCGACAAGGAAGGUGUUGUACGUUAUCGCAUUGGCGGCUGUACUCAUGGGUUUGUUGAUGGGGACUUUGAAACGGCACGAUUCAAUUCCCCUCAAGGCCUGGAUUUUCUAGAUGAGGAUGUGCUUAUUGUGGCAGAUACAGAAAAUCAUGUUUUGCGUCAACUAACUUUAAGUAAACGACGUGUUGAGACACUUGCUGGCACUGGUCAGCAGGGACAUGAUCGCGUAGGUGGUAAGCAAGGUCCAUUGCAGGCUAUAUCUUCACCAUGGGAUAUAGCAGCGUUUAAAAGACGAGAUAUGGAUAUGUCUUUUCAUUUGGAUGAACAAAAUGUGCCGGAAAAGGCAAUUAUUUUAGUUGCUAUGGCGGGUAUACAUCAAAUUUGGGGUUAUUUCCCAGAAGGCAUAAUUUGGUGGAAAUAUCGUCAGCUGGAUCCACGCGCUUGUGUCGCCAUUAUUGGUAAUGGUAUGGAGGAAAACCGUAACAACUCUUAUCCACAAAAUGCAGCAUUUGCACAGCCUUCCGGUUUGGCUUUGGGCAAGAAUUUCCUCUAUAUUGCCGACAGUGAAAGCUCAAGCAUACGCAAAGUCUCAAUGGUGGAUGGCAAAGUUAUGCCAGUGGUGGGUGGCGACCGCAACCCAUUGAAUCUUUUCGCUUUCGGCGACGUCGAUGGUAAACAAUACAAUGCUAAAUUACAACAUCCUCUAGCUGUCGCCUACAAUAGUGCCAACGAUAAAGUGUAUGUAGCAGAUACAUAUAAUCAUAAAAUUAAAAUGAUAGACACAACCACUAGUUGCAUAGAGACACUCUCAAUCAAAGAUGACAAAGGAGCGCCGCUGCAAUUUAAUGAACCUGCUGGCUUGUGUUUUGAUGCCGACGGUCAGUCCUUGUAUGUAGCAGAUACCAAUAAUCAUCGAAUACAAUUGGUUGAUAUGAAAACACUUACCGCCAAAAAUUUCACACUUAAAUUUACUGCUUUGUCAGCCGCGGAAGCAAACACCGAAACAGAUUCAGCUUUCAGCGGCGGCUUACAGCUCCUUAAACGCAUCCCACUACGAUCUUGUGUACAGCUAAAGCUGCGUGUGAAUGUAAAUUUGAGUAAUGAAUUAAAAUUUACAGAAGCAGCGCCACAACGUUGGGUAAUAAAGAGCAUUGCGCCGGCUUUAAAAGCAACAGUGACUUCGGGGCAAAUUAUUAACGGCGCUUUAGAAUUAGAUUUGAAUCGUAAUGCAUCAGUUUUGCCCGCAGAGGAAGAAGUAAAAUUGGAACUUGCUCUGAGUUUAUGCGAUGCAAAGAGUUGUCUUAUGAAACGCUUCGCUCUGGUGUUACGAGACAGUGCCGCUGAGGGCGCUUCAGGCGGCAAGCCAGUGGAUAAAGCAGGUGUUUUAGAUGAAAAUAUAAAUAUUCGUAUUACACAGAAUGAGAUUGCUUUGAGCUAAUGUCGGUUUAGUAUUAAGAUUGUACAUACACAAUUUUUUAUGUAUUAUGCAUUUUGUAUACUUACAGGCAUAUAUACAUGUGUUACUUUCUUUGCAAUAGAACAAAUAAAUGUUACAUGUUGCGUAAUUGUAAA